AAGCUUGAUUGUCGGCACGAAUUAUCAUCCCGAAUACUGGUGGAAUGGGCAUGCCAGGACUUGAUGUUGGCGAAGCUGACUCAGUGAAUGCCAGUCAAGAAUUCAUCGAGAGCUGGUAAUGCCGUAUGUGGGUGUCAUUAAGCUGAUUAGCAAGCUCCAAGGCUGGAAAUUAAUCAGACAUCACUUGCAAACAGCUGAUAUUUCGGGAGACAUGGAGAAGAAAUGCCCUUGCAAGAUCCCCUUCCUAACCGCGUCCGACAUUUGUCUGAUUCACGGCAUUGGGGUGACGAUCGCAUUAACGUACUAGGACCUUCUGGAUAUGGGGAUCAUUAGAGCGCUUUCCAACAUUGCAGACGAUAUUUAUGUGUGAAGGCCGUUCGCGGUGACGGCGGUCGCGACGGGGAGGUGGUGCCCUCUUCAGAGUAUAAGGGGAGAGUUAUGACAAAGGUAUAAGAGGUGUUCCAGUGACCGUGUCGGAGGAUUGGGCCUGUUAACGUCUUCUUGCUAACAAUGAUCGUGCGGACGAGAGCCAGGCCGAGAAGGAAACGAGUAUACAUGGAGGAA